UUGCUUGACAGGUGCAGUCGUCGGGGCGUGCGUUAUGCGCGAGUCGCCGACGCGAGCUGCUACAACAACGCCAGUGGGAGAGCGUCGGUGGAGAAGCAUGGCGCACUGCUCGCGCCCAUGUGUGUGUAAACAAGGCGCCCAGCGCGAAGGCUUCCCAGAGAGCUGAGAAGCAACCCCGCGUGCGGUGCGCACGCCCGACGACGUAUGUAGUACGUAGCAGCGCGGUUGCGUGGUGGUGGUGUGCUGUGUUGACCACAGUGGAGUAGGAGCGGAGCGGCGUGCGACCAACCACCAGCGCGUACCAAAGCUCGCGCUGCGGGGCUCUUUUUUUCGCGGAACCCGCCCGCUUUCCCCAGCGAGUUCUUUCGUCGCUCGUUUCGUUUUAUACCCUCCCUCGAUCCAUCGCCAAACUUUGUGCUCGCGCUUCGCGAUCCCAAAUGGUAAUCGACGGCCGCCGUGCUGCGCCGCGCACUGUGGUUAGCACCAGCCGUGCCCGUUGUGGCGUCUUCGCCAGCAGUCGUAGUGGUCAUCGGACAUGGAAACCGCGAACGGCAACAGCAACGGCGUUCGCGUCGAUACGACCGCCGUGUUUUUGGACGUGUUCGGCGAACGGACCGAGUUCUCGACGUUCGACGAGUUCAGCGAGCUGUUUGUGCGCUUCGAGAAGAAGUCGCGCUACAUCUUCCGCGUGAAGAACUCGAGCAGCGUCGAGGCCGAGAACCGACGCAGGAAGGACAAGAUCGACGCUGCCAUCAAGUACUCGGGCCUGGUGCUGUGCUGCGUCAACUGCGGCGACGCCAGCAAGACCCUCAAGAGGGUCCAGGAAGGGGACACAAGGCAGCUGUGUGAUGCGCACAUCUACCUGCGGUACCGGUCAUCAUCGCGCAAACUCGCCAUCAUCUCCUCAUCAUUUGUGCACAAUCAUCAAAGCCAGGCUGGCAAUGGCUGCUUUCACCGGAAGCAGUCUGUCACCGAGCGCAUUGGCAAGCCCAGGGACGGUCGCCGCAAGUUCGUCCGUGCCGGCGACCGCAUGGGUAAGCUCACGCGCCCCAUCCUUCCCGCACUGCCCUUCGAGCACCUGGUCAAGGGCUCCAACGAACUCACCAUCAUUCCGCUCGGCGCCGGCGGUCUGGGCCACCCCGACCUGCCGCCUCCCCUCAUGUUGCACAACCACCACGCGGAGGACCAUGCCAUGUGCCCCCAGGCCCACCCUGCACUGAUGUCACCCGCGCAGCUGUUGCUUCCGCCGGCACUACGCUCCCCGGACAACAACCUCAUGCUGUUUCCACGGGGACCGAUGAAGAUGGACGUGCCGGUCAUGGAUGGCUUCUGCCGCGACGUCAAGCGCCUCCGCGAAGACGGUGCCGGCAUGGGGACACUCAAGGAGAGCUUUCAUGUGCAAGAGAAGUCUGGUGAAAUCAGUGUCUGUUUCAGAAUCCCACCGUACGGCUACAAGGCCGACAUGGGCCGCAUCUUUGAGCCGGAAUGCAUUCUGCAGUGCUACGAGGACGACCACCAUGGGAACAGCGCCACAAAGAUCGACGAAGAGGAGGAGGAGGAAGAUGAAGGGGCGGGCGACAGUGAGGAAGCCGAGUGCAUGGCCACUGACCUCUCAAUUCGCUCCCGCGGCAAUGAUGCCCAAAUGGAAAGCAAUUUUAAGAUGCCGCCGGCGGCUCCCGCGGUGGCGAUAACACCCCCGGCCGAGAUGCCCGAGAACCUCUCGCUGGCAGCCAUGAGGGCGGUGGCCAAUGCCUCGCGCGAGUACACAGUCACCUGGAAGGAGCUGGAGCCCCUGUUUCGCUUCUGCAGUCGGUGCGGUGCUCCCGUCGAGAAGACCCGCCACUCGCUGCACAGCGUGCUCAGCGUCUCGGCCGUCUGCCAGAGGGGCCACGGGGUGUUCUGGACGUCAAGGUCGUGACCGCCCAUCCGUGCUUUGAGUGAUCGGGGUCACCGCCGCUGCAGAGCUCGCGGCGCGACCCUCAGAUGAUCUGGGAACAAGGAGGCCCUUUCACGGAGGCCUCCUUCUUUGCGGGCUUGAAGAGGCCACUUGGCUGCUUUCUUCUGCUUUCUCCUGCGUUCUCCUCUUUUCUUCAGCCUUACGUAGCUGUGAGCUCUGAGCUCGUGUUUUGUACUGCCUGUGAGUACGGUGAGUCGGAAGAUGCGUAGGGGGUAAAAGGCCGUGGAGCCGAAGCGUGGGCAUCACUUGUGUGCGCACGAGCACUACCAAGGCCCUGCUUAUAAUGCCAGUCUGCCACCGCUUUGUGAUCCUCUUUUUCCUGUGGGUGUGAUGCCUGCUUUUCUGCGGGGUUUUUAACAAAAUUCUGUGAGGUGGUGUGCAACUGUUGAUUUCUUGGGGUUUUGUUUCCGCUCGUUUUUGUCUUUUGCAACCUUUCUUUUCCUAGCUUACUUCAUUUUGCCCCCUAUGGGUCUUCUGGGUCACCGUGCAGACUGUCCCACGAAGGUGAGGACAGGCCAGUUUGGCCGACCCGUGUGUUCAAGGCCAGGGCCUUCAAGGCUGGCCUAGGCGAUGGAAAUCCAUCUAUGUGUGGCAUUCGUGUUUUUCGUGGCACAAAGAGCUGGCUCCUUGAAGAGCUCUGGACUCUGUAAUGUGUCUGCCACUGCUGUUGUGGUCAAGGGGUUAUUUGAAAAAGAUGGGCCCAAGCUUUAGAAGGUUGAAGGCCAGUUGGUGUAUUGGACCAAGAGAGUCAAGGCCUUUCACAGAUUGAAAGUCACUCGUUGCCCCCCCCCCCCCCCCCCCCGUUUUUUUUUCAGGGAGUUGAAGAUGAACAUUUUACUUUUCUGUGUUCACCUGGCCCAUCUGGAUGGGCAUCAUGGCUAAGGUCAUGUUCAAGGUCGUGUUCAAGGUCGAGGUUGGCCUUUAGAGUCAAGGUCGGUGUUCUGUUCGUGUAUUGUGCGUGAUUGUCGAAGUUUGUGGGCAUCCCAGUGUUUGUUUACAUGCAUCUGUGUAGUAGGCCCCUGGUGAAAAGAAACUGUGUUGUGCCAAUGAUAUAGAGGUUGGGAUGGGCGGUGGCCAUCUGACUAGCCACAGACUGUGACCUUGGAACUUGCUGAUCUUGCGGUUGUGUUCACAUCAUAAAACAACUCGUCUUCGUCUCAGUGCUCUGACUUAGGGCCCAAACCUGUGCCUCGUAUGUCAGGUCUAUUCAGUGCUCACAAUCUGUCUUGGGGACUUUUUAUUUUGGUCAUGUCGUAAACAUCUCUCUUACUGGACUGUUCUCUUUGUUGAAACAUGGUGCUGCCUUGAGGAAAUGAAUAUACUUUUCGUGAGCACAGUCUGUCAUGGUUUCCACACUUAACAGGGGUAUGAGAGUGUAAGAUGUUAGCAGCUUGCUUGUAAAUACGCUUAGCCUCCAUGGGACUUCCUUGGCAAAUGGAAGGAACAAGUUAGCAUUUAGGCCCUGGAGUCCAGGUUUGGAACUAAGUGUCAGAACCCAAAAUGUACAUGGUGAAAAUUAAACUAUGCGCUAGGUGGUUAAUAUGCUGCAAGGUUGAAACGGGGACAAAAGCAUGAGGAUCAGGCGAUCAUACUGGAGCCUUCUUUUUGACGAAAGUAUUGGGAAAGGAUUGGAGUACUGCACUUGAAAAGGAUGUUUUUGAACGUUAGCUUCAAAACUGACAGGAAUGGUUUGGUGGGACAUUUAAAGCAGUGGCUCAAGUUUUGUUCAGAUAGAUAAAUGGCCUUAAUAAACCAGUGCCUUUUGAUUUUUCUUGCGGCUAACUUUACCUGCAGAGACCAUGUUGCCUUGGCUGCUCAGCCACUAAUGAAGUGCCAAAAAGUCUAGCUGUUGGUAAUUGACUGGUUAAUGUCCUCAGUGAAUGGCUCUUAUUGCAUUUGAAUGGCAUUAGUAGUGCUUAAAGGUGUGUGCAGAGGGUUAAUGACCAGUAAUGCUCAGUUGUGCCACUCAGAUGAUUGUCCCUCUUCGUAGGACAUCUCCUGGAAAAUGUGGCAAGACUGUACGAUUUCGCUAUAAGCUUGAAGCUGAAUUCAAACUGAUCUUUUCACUAAACAGCGACGUGAAAAUUUUUCCAAAAGGUGCUGCCACCAUUGAUGAGUGGCCGCUUGGAAGUACUGCUGCACCGAUGUGCAAAAAUGUGACAUCAAUGUGAAAUAUGACCACUCUAAAGGUGGCGGAACUACUCCUAUACAAAUACAAUCAAAUUUACGGCUCUCAAGCAAGGAAAAGGUGUUGUGAAAAAUCUGAUGUUCAUAAUACACUGACCUUCAGAGGGCUGUGACAGGCUGUGCUCAUGAAUUUUAAUACAUUCACAAUGCAUUAACGUUUACAGUAAAGUGCCUAGCCAUGCGCAUGCAUAGGUGGGCGAGCUUUUGACUUCUUUUGCUUCCCUGUAGCCGAAAAUAGCCUGAUUAUGCAAAUGCACAAAUUGGGAAUGUGAGUAAGGUGUUCACAAAAUCAUUUCAUGGUUGUUGUGUGUCCUUCAUAUGCUUCAUAAUUUGAGCAGGGCCUCCCGAAUCCAGCAGAAUUUUUACAAACGCCAGUGUUUUUUUUUUUUUUUUCCGAGCUUCCGCCAACAUGUUCACAUUAGGCAGUUUGAUGCAUAAGUGUCGUGUUAGUGCAGCUUUUUUUAUAAAGCACGCAGUUAUUUUUGUUCGUGCUGACAGUUUCUUUAAAAUCCCAUUACGGGGCUCGUUUUGUUUAGCUUUGGCUUCUGAUGCUUUGUACCUCGGCUUUUCCCCUUCCUUCAGGCCCAGCAUUGAGACAUUCUUUCACGUCUUUUAUGCGCUCCAUGACUUGUGAUUCAUCGGAAGUUGCUGGUCAUGCGGUAUUGGCAAAGGCAGACAUCUUUGUUUGCUAUGAUUAUUUGCCUACGAUACGGGUCUUUUGUUCACAAUUUAUGCAGUCUUUUAUUUGGCGCUCAGAUAUUACAAUAAUGGCUUGGCAAAAAAGAUGUGCGGGUAAUGUGACUGUAAGCGUGGCGGGCCGUAUCUUCCAUUUCUGUGUAAAUGGCAGUCUAGUGACUAGGGGUGUCCGAAUGUUUAAAAUUUCAAAUACGAAUCGAACAGUCUUUGCUAUUCACUUUGUGUUCCAUUCGAGAAUUAGCUAUUCAAAAUUUUCAGAUAUCUGAUUCUGUUCGACUGUAAGGGACAACAACACAUAUUGUCUACCCGUGUGUACAUAGUCUGCACAUUUGUACAGUUGAACUCGAAUAUAUUCAAUCUGAAAGGAAUCACAGAAAAGUUCUAUAUAUAUAGGUAAUUUGAUAUAUAAAAUAAAAAUAUUAUAUUACAAAAACUUUCAAGAGGAUUUUGCAACUGUUCAUUCUACGCAAUAAUUCGUUAUGUGGGUUCGAUAUAUCCAGGUUCGACUGUAUGUAGUCUACAUAUACUAUGUAGUCUGCAUGUAUGUAUGCAGCAGGUACAUCAUCAUGCAUAGUCUACAAAGAGAAAUUGGCGACUAGCAUUCCAAAUAAUUCUGCUGCAACACAGCCGAGAUGUCUGUGCUGAGGGAUCAGUUUUCAGGUCAACAUAGGGAGCAGCUAAUUCUGCACAAUAAUAUCCAGAAAUUGCAUAAGGAUGCACUGUGCUUAGGCGUGCUACAAAUUUCUUGUCUAAAUUUAGGAAAGCAAUUUUUAUUGAGCCUCUCUCUCCAUGUUCUGCAUCCUUUUAAACUGAUGUGUGGUGCUGUAGUACUGCUACACUGAGGGCCUUCAGUGAACACAAUGCACUAUGCGUAUCUGGCAGCGGGCUGUUCCAUUGUUUCAUUACAGCCAUCGUCAUUAAUGGACCAGGUGCAAUCGCCUUCCAGUUAUUUCUAAUUCACAGCCUGCUCAAUUUGCCGGCGUAACAUGUUUCGGAUAAUGUAAAUAAUUAUUUUGUUUCUAAUCAAGCCAACUCCAUGCAACCUUUCUACUUCACAUUAAUUAGAAAUCAGAGAAUACUUGGUAUUCAAUUCAGUAUUUGAAGGGAGAUUUUCUAUCAUGUUCAUAUUCACUUAAAAAAAUUUCUUGCUGUUUGGGUACCCCAUAAUUGGCACUGUUAUUGCAGCACAUGGAGGAAAGAAAAAAAUGGGAGAGGCCCUGACGUCGUGUUUUUGAAGCCAGAAGAGCAACCAUAUUGGUGUGCCCUUUGAUUCUCCAAUCAGCUCACCUGAACAGAUGGUGCGAGCUUUGAACUCGCGUUGCAACAAGCCGCUGCCAAUGUGUGCUGCCCGCACGUGUAAGAACAAAACCCUACGAAACUUCUGCAACAGCUUUAGUGAAGCAGACGUGCCCCUGUGUCUUUCGGUGGCACGUUGGAGAAGUCAACAAAGGCCCGUGCCGUGAUUACGCGCGCGUCGCUGUUGUUGGCCAACACUCUGACACUUACAGACCCAAAGCACAACUUUCAAGCUUAUGCACCACACUCCAAACUUAGAUUAUCUCGCGAAUGGGAUUGGCUUCGAGAGUGAUCCGGGUCGAAAAAUUUGGUAUCGCUUUUUGGAGGCCGAGAGCAGCAGUGAGGGAGCAUCAGGAGCGUGGUUGCCAUGGCGACGUUGACGUUUGAGGUACCAGGCUCGGUGCUUAUCUGUGAGAAACAGCACACGACUUCCGCCACACUUUCUCCAAGAUGUCCGGGCUGGCCGGGGCUCCUCCUACGCUUUCCUUCCUCCAUGUUGCAGCAGAACACUGGCUAUCAGAAGAAGGGGGCAAGUAAGCGGGUAUCAUCAUUUUUAUCGGAGCAGCAUAUUUGAGCACGCAUCUUCUGUAGACCAAGCCAAAUUCAUUAAUUGAGUACACUCUUAAUGCGACUUUCAGAUGUGUGGGUUGGCUCGCUUUUCGUGAGUGCCGCACAAUUGUGCUGGCAGCCACUCCCAACUUUCACGGCAUUCGAGUUUUCACGAAAUGGAAGAUGGGUCACGCACAAAGCAAGAGUAUUGGCGUCGCUUCCGUGAUGUAAAUUGCACAACACAAGUAGUAGCUUAUAUUUAUGACUUGUUUUGCAUGAGAGUUUUUAUCAUUGACAAAUACGAUGCGACAAAUCUUGUUACAUUUUCGGCGUUCAGUGAGCAGACGGAACAGUCUUGUUUGAGAACAUGAGAUGUUGCAGCGGGUCGCGUGCAGCUAGUCUCAGCACGAACUUGCUGCCUCCAAUAUUGAGGUCUGCAUAAUGCUGGCAGCCAGCUGUUCUUGAUGGUGUCUUUUGAAGACUCUCCAAGACUGUGAGCACGUGACCGUCUUUCUUGGGCACAAGUAGACUUGCGGCCCGUGGGAGGAAAGAGAAGUCUUUUUCAUUGCGUUCCGGUGGCAGGCAGGCCACUGUUUCUGUUGGCAUUACCAGUGUUCGUUUUGUUUAGUUUGUUCCCUCCCCAUUAACUCAGUCCUUUUGCGCAGCCCGCGUGAUGGGUUGCACGUUUCUUUUUGUACAGGCAUCACAGCAUUUAACGAUAUGGCACACGCUCGUUCAAAGUAUGUAUGAAGGUGAUGUAUCCACGAUUACAUGCACCCUGCAUUGCUUCUCGCCUGAGUAACACUUUUUUCACAUCAGUAAAGCCGGCGGUUAAAAUUUGUCGCACACGCAGUGACGAGAGGCGCUGUGCUCCUGCGUUUUGCCAUUGUUGUUUUGCGUUGUUGUUGUUGUCUUGUGUUUUGUUCUCUCUUGACUACAUAACUGUGUGUUCGGGAGAUGACCGACGUACCUGAGAGCGCGACCUUCCUCUUUUGAGAGGGAAGCAAGCUCUUGCAAAGUUAUUUGGUUUGUGUGGGCACGUUUAUACAUUGACGCAGGCAUUGUAGCUAGGCCACAGGACACUUCUUUCUUUCUUUUCUUCUUCUCACUUCAACAUGAUACAGCAGUUUCGUCCUCUACUCUUCUUUUUGGUGGUUGGCAUGCAUGUUAGCUUUACAUUCUCUUACAACGCUGUCCCAGACUUCCAGGCGCUUCUGGCAUAGCUGACACAAGUUGGGCUAAUGUGUGAAGAAAACUAGUGAUGAGACAAUGAUUGCUUCAUCUACUUGCUCCUUAUAGUGUGAACAAUCUGUGGCUCUUCGGAGCAAAGUUUAGGAGCGUUCAAACGUGGGUGCUGGUUGGAGAACUUUCAGGAUGCUCCAGGAACUUAAACUGACUGAUAGGUGUUUCCUGGGGCAUUCCCAUCACUUUCAGGUCCUUAAAAGUGGCUGCAGUCUUAUUUGUAGGAGCUAACAGAACUGCAUAACUGGUCUCAAAGAGUAAUUUUCAAGAGUUCAUUUUGAAAAUGCUGUGCCAGCUUUGAACAUGUGUAAUGGUAAACAUUUAUAAUAUCAAAAGUUGCAUUUCUUGUAGUGAGAGCCAGGAUAUAGCAUAAAAAAUAAAACGUGUCUUAUCUAAGGAAUUCAUGCUGGGCAGGCAUUGCUAAACGUUAUUAAUGGUAGAUGAAAGCUUCUCAGAUUAGUGAUAGCAAGAGUCUUAACUCCCUCUUCCCCUUUUAUCCGUCAAAAUUUUAUUAUGUGGCUUAGCAUUACCAUUUCAGCAAAACACCCGGACAAAGCUGCGAUGGCCUCACUUGGCGGUAAUACCAUGUAACAUUCUCAACCACGUUGGCCUCGCAUUACAAGCUGUGGCUGCGUACCCUUAUCUGCUGGCAUAAAUGUUUUUCACAGUAAUGCAGACUUCUCAUUGCUCUGCUCUUAUGUGCCAAGAAUUGUUACUCAACAGAAGAAUGUUGUAGCAUGUUCUAUUUGAACACAGGUCCACCAGGUGCUGCUACCAAAGCUCCUCUUUGCAUUUGUGUUCUGGUGUCCCGCUGAGAUGGUAGUAGUACCAAGUGUAUUCGUUCUGGUCAAAAUACUCCGAUGUGAGAGUUCUAUUCAAGCUUUGCUUUGUUGUUUUCAAGAUUGCACCUCUGUCUUAUCUUGCUUCACUUGGCUUGGCCUUUCGAAGCUUAUAGCCUUUUUCACGCCACAACUGACACCAAGAAAGAUGGAAAAGAAAGAUCAAGCCAGUGGCCUAGCUACAGUAAAAAUGGAAUGAUGAAACCAGUUGGCAUGUUGUUUAAGCUGUUGACAUUUUUUAUAGGGCAUUGUUUAUUCAGACGUGUCAUGAGUGUGACCGUCGUUGAAAUUAUUUAGAUGCUGUUAAGAGAAAGCACACACUAAAAAAAAAGAGAUGCACAUAUUAUGCUAUAGCCGUAUUUUAGUGUAAUCUGUAACAGUGCAGCAUCUGUUUAGUGCUGUCUUUUUAAACUGUGCAGACAGUGACCUGCAUACAAGAUCGCAUACUGUACUAUAUAUAUAUCAUAGUUUAUAUGACAAUCGUGUCGGGUGUUAGUCACGGGUUUUUGGGAGUUUACAUUUUUUUUCUUUCUUGUUCCCCGUUGCUGUACACUGUGCUGCGUUUGUGUUAUGUGCACAUUACUAACUGCGUGUUUAUUGAGCAGAGCCGUGAGAUGAAGUUUCACAAUUCAGAGAGAGCACACACUGUUUUUGCACAUUUUCUUGUCAGUGUGCAUAGUCCGUAGCACUCGUAGUCACAUUGCUGUGCUUGCAUGGCACUCAAUGGUUUACAUUCACAGAGAUAAUAGGACGAUAUAUUUCUUUCUGCACUGCUUUUUUUUUUACAGCUGGAGUAAUUUUAUUGCUGGAUGAUUUGCACGUUGUCAUUGUCUGCCCAUCUGUUCAGUGAUUGCAGUUGUCUUGAAAGUUGAAAAGAGAGAGAAAUAGGCUUAGCAACAGUACCACCUUAAUUGUAGCCCCUUUAGUCACCAAGUCCAUGAUUAUAAAUGCCAAGUUGAUGCCUCAAAACCACAAGCAUGAAAAAAAGAAGACUGAAGAACACUCAGGUUUUUAAUGUGUUGUCUACAUUUGAAGAUGCCACUGGUAAGGGGUGCAUCAAGAAAUAAGUUAUGUGUAAUGUGUGUCGAUGGUCCACACAGUAUUGCAAAUCUGGCUAAAAUGUCCAUAGCAUCAUGCAUAAUAAAGAGGAUGUCCUUCUUAAGUGAUGAAGGAGUACAAACAUUGCACAGGAUUGGCGCAUUCAUUGUGAGAACGCAGAACCAAUUCCCCAUCUCGAGCUGCUAAUGAUCUUGCGCCCUAUUUUAUACUUGCCAAAUAAUGGCCAACGACUGAUCAACACAAGGGCCACAUUGCAUCCUGACAUGAAAAAAGGAAGUUUGUCGAUUCACUGAUUUUUCUGCGGAAGGACUCGGUGAUAGUCAAACCACGCUGUUUGCAAAAGCGUGGUGGUGCCCUCUUAUGUGCAGUCUUAUCGGACUCGUCAAGGCUGUAAUUUGUGGUGGAGCAUCCGCACACUGACGCAGGCGUGUCGUUGGAUGGUGAUGGUCCACCUUGUGGGUGGGUUAUUCUAUGCUUGCUGUCUAUACAGUUGCAAUUCCUUAAGCCUGUGGAAAAGCUAAUUUCCUCCUGAACAUUUCUAUACUUUUGAGGGCAACAGGUUUCUGUUAAGUUUUACAUCUUCAACUGCGAAUGUUACCUCUCUCGGCAUAUAACAUACUGUAGGACUUUUGGCAGCAUAAUCUGUCACUCUAGCCAAACUCUUGCCUGUUGUGUUCUUUUUCAGUCAUUGAUAUAAGGCCGCCUCAACCGUAGUCACUGAACAGGGGAGAAUACCUGACCAACGUGCUUAACGUGUGUACAUUUGAAGCUUUUAAAUGCUCGACGAUCAGCUCCCGCAAAAUCUCUUACUUCGCAUGUGGUUGGCUUUGUGUAAUAUUGAUUUCAAAGCCUUGAGACUUAAAUCGGUACCACAGGAAACUGCACUUCUUUUCAUAUUUGCGAGACACUAGCGGUACAAGUUUGUGCCGUCUGCAAGCGUUGCGUUACCACUGCCCCUGACCUUGUGCAAAGUUGUGUAAAACAAAAACGCUCAGAGCUGCAUUUGCCUACUAUUAUACACACGCCACACAGUGUCUUUAAUUUUAAAGGAGUACUGACAAAACAUUCGUCAUCUUUUUUUUCUGUUGUGUUAAUUACAUGAAGGUCCAAAUCCUCUAAAUCAUCAGAAAAAUUCAGGAAAUUGUCAAACAUACGCCAUGCGUUAAUUAUUUUUUUAUGAGCAACAUCAUCACACCUAUUCUUAUUGUUACACAUCAGCAAAUUUAGCUCUUGAGUCAUGAUGCCGCGACAACGUUGAUGACACCAGGUCUGGCAUUUCGAAGCCAACUUUAGUUUCAAAUUAAACUAUUUUAUAAGUUUUUCGCAACCCCCAUUAUUGCUAAAUGUCAUCCUUUUACAUGUGAGUAGCUUGUACAUGUCAGUACUCCUUUAAGGGUAGCAGAACUAAACUGUGCGGGGGCGAAAGCCUGUCAUUGUCUUGAACAAUGUUGGAAGAUCCAGUAACGGAAAGCAAAUGCAAGUUGUGCACAAUCAAGGCGAGCGACAAAGGUUGCGAAAUGUGUUUGCAGAGGAAGAAAAAAAAAAACUUUGAGCGGUCCCCUCAUCCAUUUUUGGAAGCUGUAGAUCAGGAAUGUGAUUGCUGGUCACAACAUUUAUGCGACACUGCUCCAGAAGUCGCAGUCUUGCUGGCCUUUGGUGAAGCAGACCUGGGCUUCCUUAAUGUUAACCAGACAUGGCUAGAAGCAGAAGGAAACGCCUGUGCAUCCAGACGAUCAUAAAACACCCUCACAAGAAUCCGUGUUUCUAAAGGCAUUGAAUGUUUGCAUGAUGCAAUACAUGUGUGUUCCGCAUGUUGCGCGUUUUCCUGUUUCUUUUUCUUUCUUUACUGCUCCGAGUUCUUGAAAAAAAAGAAAAGAACUUGAGGCCCACUUGUACAGAUCAUCCUGUAUACACACUUUUGUAAAUGUUGGCGUCGAAAUGGUUCAUCGAUAACAAAUGUACUCGUCGCUCAAAUGUGCAUGCGCUUCACCUUGUAGCCAUUUAAGCCCAUUAUUGCACAUUAUCUUGAGAUGUUGCUUGCACAAAUGUUUUCAAUGCAAGGAGUGUGAUGCUAAGCAUAGCGGUCAAUGUUAGGAGUACGGAGUGUGUGCUUGCAUUGCCAGGUGUUCUAAUUACUGUAAAAAAUUGGCUGUUGUAUGCUGUUCUAACUCGUACUAAUCUUAAGAGGCAUGACAUCAACCACGCACUUGUGUAGAACCCCCCCCCCCCCCCAAAUAAGGCUGCCAGAUACCACUCCGCCCUACUUUCGCAUGCCUCCAACGCAGUUGUUUUUGUGAAAUGUGUGCAGCUAAAUCAUUAAUUGCAGCACGUUUUACGCACCGAUGCCUUCUUAAAAGCCAUUAUGGCCUUGCACAACUACAAGCCUGUGUGCUGUGGGACACAAUGACCGGUGACAUUAUUUUAUAGUCAAUGUUAAUAGAGUUAUUAUUAGUUGCUUAUAUUAACCAUACACGAGGAUGGUGUUUUGAGAGAAGCUUUGGCUUUACUUAUGCACUAGCUACUUUUCCUUUUUUUUUUCUUGCGCCCAGCCUUUGUCGUACGCGGCAUUCUCACUCAAACAUAAUCACAGCCAUACAAUACAUCAGGCGGGCAUUAGCAUCCUUCCCUUGUCUGCUGGCAUGUUCUUGCCAGGGAAUUUAUGUUGCAUGUUGGGUAGCCACGCUAGCUGGCUACAACGCCGCCAACCAGUUUGACAUUUGCUUCAAUGCGAAAAAAAAAACGCUUUCACUUCAGAAGUUACUGACUGUCGGUGCCAACGAACGUGUACAGCUAGAGCCACCGACGUUGCGCUAGCAUUGUGGGAAUGGAGUUCAGCAUUGUUCCAUGGUAGAACAGCUGGUUAGGAGGUGAUGGACUUCGUUUUAGCAAGUGUUGAUGUUUGUGAAUGUUUGAUGCAUGUAAAGCUGGCUCAGCUUUGUUUCUUUUUGUGGACUGUGGCACCAGUUUUGUUCACCUGGAACACUGUUGGCAGUGCCAAGGAUUGCAGAGAGGUUGACGGAAGGAGUUGCGGCACGCCGCCCAGUAAUGCUCACUGGUUGGUUUCGGCCACAGUGGUGUGGCCACUUGCCGAAGGCGUAAUGCUGGUUUACGGAUGUUUCGAAAUGUUUGUCACCUACUUCCAGCCUAAUGUUGUCACUGGAUUGGUGUUAACUCAAUGUCCUGUGGAGGCUGUCACUUCGAAUGGCAGUUUUUGUCAUCUAUCACUGCGUGUAGGUCUUUGAUGUUCUGAAUGUUGCACAGCUGUAACCGGUGGUCACCAUGAUGCACGUUGUGAAAUGGCCUGGAGCCAUUGAUGAUGGUUGGCAGUGAUGUUUGACUCGCCAAGCUGCACUUGUUUGGUUGUUGCAGGACUUGUUGUUUCAAGAUUUGUGGUUGCUGGCAUUGUUGUGCUUGUUCUAGCGUUUUCUUGAAAUGUUGUGGUUUGAGAAGUUACAAAUGUUUUGUGAAAAGCGUGAUGGAUGCACUGGUGCAGUGUUUGAAACAUUUUCUUGCGUUUAAUUGACUGACAGUGAACAAACAAGGGAAGUCUUAGCACAAAGCCGUUUUCAGCAGUGCGGCUGAUAUUUUGUGGAAACAACAGGUGUAAAGCAUCUGCUGUUGCCCUGGUAAGGACAGUAAGCGUGGUCAGAACAUUGGCUCUGAGCCAAGGCUUUCCCUGUUUGCCACCUGUUGGUGAAUUUAAGCCAGCACCUUCCUGCGGCCCUUUGGCAUGUUUGGAUUUUUUGCCGUUAUUCUCUUUAGAAAUGAAAUGAGAUGGCAGCUUGAAGAAAACCAGUAAACAGCUGUCGGUUUAAUGUUUUCCUUCAUUAGAAAACUGAAGCGCAGAACAGUUGCCCUGUAUUUCUGCCGUGACGGCACAGUUGGCUCAUUGUCUUGCAUACCGCAGGCUCCGAUAGCUUUAGAGUAAUUUAGAAACUUGCAUAUGUUUUGGAGGCUUAUUGGCUAAAAUGCUAAAAAUAUUUGAGAUUGCUUUAUUAUGAGAAAAAAUAAUGACACCUGUUGUCCGGCCAAGCUAGCACCCAGUCUUUACAAGGUGAAAGAACACAAAAGGCAUGUGUAAAGGUCACUUGGUGCAUUGUUGAAGGUUGAGCAUCCCUCUACUGUGUCCUGUAUCAUUUUGAACGCUUUUACCCUGUAAAGACUCGUGUGUAUGUGCUAGCUAAUGUCUCACGCAUUAUGUUCAUGCAGAACAGACAUUCUUGCCGACCAGCAACAUCAGAGCAACGUUUGUAGCCUAUUACUAGUUAACAGUUAAUCACCACUUUUGGCCAGCUCUUUCUAAAACACCGUCAGUGAAUACAGCCACUCUGAAACUUGAGAAAGUUCAAAAUGUUAGCAUCACCUUUAACAUUGCUGUGGCAUAAAAGUUGGUUGUGGCCUUCUGUUUAGCCAGAAACAGUGGUCAGCACAUGCGUGAGUGUCAGGUGGCUUGGAAAGCUCAGUCUGAGCCACCGGAGAAAGAAUGUAACACGCGUUGCAUGUUUUUCUUUUUGCACAUGUUUUGGUGGUCAUUCCCAUGCUGCGUAGUGAUUGUCAGAGAUAAGGGAAGAGCGGAAAACAUCAGCCACGAUGACAAACACAUUGUUCUUGUACAUAGCUCACCACCGCUGCUCACAGCCACGACUGUAAUUCAAUGCAGGACUCAACUGGUGUAAAGCCUCAAGCUGCCUGCGCAUGUACAUGGUGUAUUGGUUUUGGCUAGGACAUGCCUGGGGUACUGCCGCUACCAGUGCGUUCAGUUCAGAUCAUUAAUUUUUCCCCUGCCAUUUCGUGCCGAUAAAAGAGCUGCAAAAAAAAAAAAAAGCUGCAGCCACCUCUUUUCAUCAACCGCAGCAGACGCUUUCAAGAUACACAACUCAUUUAUGUAAAGGAAUACAUCAAGUAUGAAGUAAUGUUAAGCACACAAAAAAAAAAUGUGGUCAUGCUGUCUUAACUAUCAUAGCAGCCCUACUGUUAGGUCAAUUAGCGCAUCUAUAUAAGAGCAACCUGGAUGCAUCAAGCUGACAGAUAAUGUUGCCUGAUGAGUGCUCAUCGUCACAGGAAGGCAUAACAGCUAUCCAGAAAUUUGCACCUAAUGCAGUUGGCAUUUUGCCACAAGGGUCACGAAUUGCACAGAACGGUGGCUGGAGCUGUAGUUCUCUGGAACACCCCACCAUAUUGACUCGGAAAUCAAGGUGGCAGCUGUGUGCAGAAGCACAUGCAUUGCUUUCACGCGCCCAAAUUUAACUGUUUCACUUCCUCAGCGCCAUUAUGUUGGGCAGUUCUGCUGGGAGAUGCAAUUGUAAACUUUCAGCACUGCUCUUGGAUCUAUUCUCUGCUAUUCGAGUGUCUGGCACAAGCGUUACGUGUGAAUGAAGAGGAGACUUUAUGUGUGUGCUCACGUACACUCUAAUAAAAACAGUUUACACCCUUUCAGAUGUAUCUUUGUCCCACAACAGUAAUCGACGUUUACCAGUGUCCCAUAUUCCUUUCUCCAACGCUGCGUGCCCGGUACUUCCAGGUCACGAACAGCAUGCACACUGUCAGCGUGACAUAGCAUUCUUGACUGGAAAGUCGCGAGCGCAGAAUACUCAAGAAAGGAAAUGCAAGCACGACAGAUUAUUAUUUUUGUGAGUCCAAGAAGUACAGCUCAAAGGGUGUAAACCGUUUUCAGAGUGUAUAUUGCUGCACCCUCUAGGGUGCAAUUUUGUCAUAACAUUAAUCACCAGCCUUGUGCUCGAUUCCUUUAUUGCCACACGCCCGCUUCUUUCCCGCCAGAAAUGCCAUCGGGUGGUCUCGCUGCAGACGGUGUUCGUGGCAGGAAAGUGCCCAGCACUGAAAAUUUGCUCACAAGAGUGAAGACACUCACUGCAGUGGUGAAAAUACACCCUAAAGCGUGUAGCUUUUAACAUUGUAAGAAAGAGAUUUGCACUUCGUGACGCUUGUAGCCCAAGGGUGUGAAGUGAUUUGCAGUCUAACUGCUGUAUUCAGGAAUGCAUCUUAACUUGGAGCCCACACUUGACUUGAUUUAAAUGACGCUUGUCGUGAACGCACCUAAGGAAACGCAAUGAGCGUCUUGGGCACGUCCCCACCAGGCGUCGUUUAUAUCAAGUCCAGCAUGGGCUUCAAGUUAAGAUGCAUUUCUGAAUAUGGGGGUAAGUCUAUUAGUGCAUUCCAUAUUUUGAUGUGCACUGGCUACUGUGAUGCUCAUGCCUUGUCAAUGGGUGUAAAAAAAUGCCAAAACCUCAAUUCGGCAUGUGCUUUAAUGAGUUGUGUGCAACUUAAGAGUACACCAAAAAGGGUGUGCUAUUCGGCAUCUUACACUCUUAAAACAGUUGUACCCUUUGGGGUGUAUAUGUGUCUCACAACAGUAAUCGUCAUCUACCUUGCUUGCAUUUCCUUAUCGCUCACUACUUUCCUGAUUGAGAAUGCAUGUCAUGCUGACAACGCGCAUGCUGUUUGUGAUCUGAAAGUACUGGGCUCGCAGCGUUAAAGAAAGGAAAUGCGGGCAAGACCAACGACGAUUAUUGUUGUAGGAGGAGAUACGCCCCAAAGGGUGAAAACUUUAAGAGUUUAGCUUUUAAACACUUUGAAGGGUACUUUUUUAUGGCAGUUGCAAUCAUUUUCCAAAGCAUUUUGCUUCACUUAUACUCUGAACAAGUUGCACUCAAUGACAUUACAUGUUUGCUAGCAUUCUCAGCAGCAAAGCUCUGGGCACCUUAUUUUGGAAAGGAAAUGCUCACAAUGGUUCCGAUUAUUGUUGCACGACAAAAUUACAACCUGGAAGAGCUUAUUGGUGGCAUGUAAAGCCGUGAAGAUGCAAGUGUUUAGCUGGGGACACACAUUCUAGUGUAUUCACGCGUCACUGGGUGCGGCAGUGUCUUGGCAUGGCUUCACCACGUGGUUUCCUUUCACUGUGGUGAAAUUGUCUGCGCCGUGUUCUUCUUCUAAUGCCAAAUACUCAUCAUCGGUGACUAAACCCCUUUUUGCUUGUCAUUCAAUUUCAUCUGCAAUGUACUCGAAGAACACAUGGAGAAAGCAACUUAACCCCAAUUAACUGCAAGCACAAGUGUACUGUCAUACCAUCAUCCUCUCCUGCUGUCACCAAAUAAAAACAUACACACAUGAAGCGCUAGGAAAUGCAAUAAAAGGAAAAAAAAUGAAUCUCAAGUUUUGAA